UUCACCAUUAGAUACUUUUCUCGUUAUUGUAGCUUGGUAUUUGUUAGAAUCUCCUGUUCUAAACUCAGAGUGAUGUCAUAAAACAAUUACGAGGUUUUUAGAACGUUGGAUGGGACUAUAAGGCGAGAAAUUCUUUUUUUUCUCUUUGUAGCGAGUAAGGAGUUGUUAUCAACAACGGUGUUUACAGUUGCUGAUAGCGUUUUAGCGUUUUUAGCGAAUAUGGGACAGCAAACUUCUCGGACACAAAAGGUGGUGGAGGAAGGAGGUUCCGAGUGUGUGCGCGAGGUCGAUCCCCGUCCACCAGUUCCACCCGGCGACCACAAGGCGGAGCUUCAUCCUCGGCCUGACGAGACGCCUGUGGCCGUCGUUGAGGGAGGAGGCGGGCAGGAGGAGAAAGGUGGCCAGAAAACAAGGAAAAAGAGGAGGUUCAAGAGGCUUGCCUCCUUUUUCCGUUGUUUCUCUCGCCGCAAAUCCACCAGAGCUCGGAAUGAGCAGGUGGAGCGAGCUGAGGUGGACCAGGACGCUAAAGCUGGACCGUCCACUGAUGGUCAGGCUUCUGUACAGGACGUUGUCUGUAUUGUGGAGGACGAUGACCACCAGAAGCCUCCUACAAGUAGUCCUGAGGUCUGCUUCAGUGCCGAGGACCAGCAGAUGAAGGACAACGAGCCUCAAGAUCAGGACAGUCCAGUCAGUCCGUCAGCAGGUGCGAGUGGAUCACACCUGCUGAGACGGCUGGACUGUACGCUUUGUGAAAUAAUAAAAACAAAAACUGUUUUAAUAGAACACAUUUGCUGGAAAUAUGCCGUCGGCAAAAAGAUGGGCAAGGGAGGAUUCGGCUCCGUCUUUGAGGGGACCCGGUGCAAAGACGGCCUUCAGGUGGCUAUGAAAUUUGUAGAAAAGACGGAGAACGUGCGCUACGUCAGCCUCCCUGACCAUCCCCGACCAGUACCCUUAGAGGUGGCUCUAACAGCCAUGGCAAAUCAAGGCCCCGACUCAAGCAACAUCAUAAAGUUGCUGGACUGGCAGGACCAACUAGAGCAGUACAUCAUGGUCCUGGAGCGGCCCUCACCCUGCGUCGACAUGCACCUCUUCUGGAAGGACCACGGGAAACUCCUUAGCGAGGGGGUGGCGCGUCAUUUCAUGCGGCAGAUCGUUGAUGCCGCUGCCGCUUGCUGUUCUCGGGGGGUGUUCCACCGGGACAUCAAAAUGCCAAAUCUCCUCGUCAACACGGAGACCCUAGAGGUCAAAUUGAUUGACUUUGGGUGUGGGGACCUGCUCAAAAGCUCUUCUUACAACACCUACUCUGGUAUGUGACACAUCGUGAUAUUAACAUUGAGUAAAACUAAAUGGCAUU